AUGCCAUCUUUGUUAGGUUUGUCUUUCCAUAGGAAGAAGACUCAUUCUUCGUCACAGUUGAGUUUGGCAUCCGGAGCGACUGCGGAGCAAGAGCGAGGACACGGACGUUCGUCUCCUUCUUCCGGAUCACCAAAUAGUCAUCAUCACAACAAUAAUAGCAAUAAUAGUAGCAAUAAACCACAUCAUACUGAGUCAUUUACGCAUUCGGUGGCAGCUUUUCUGGAACCGGGUCAUAAUUUCACUCCUUCUUCCGGUCAUAGCGAUCGUCGUGGUACAACGGUAACAGCAGUGACCGCUGCUGGUCCCGUACAAUCUGUUUCCGCCAGCACGCAGCAGCUUCUGCAUGAUAACGGUAGCAGUAACAACCACAGUCAUAAUGCCAACGGGUCAUGUGCGAAUCCGCAUCAACAGUCUCAACAGCAUAAACUUACUAGAUUUUUCAGACCUGGUAUGAAAAAGAGGCCGUCAGGAGGCAGUCUUAUGUCCAGCACGAAACUUACAGAUUUGAUCUCACCAGAUCAAACGAAUAACCUAGAUCAUAACAGCCAUGCCUUCAGUGCUAUACCACCAAGUACGGAUUCUACCCUUUCACUUUCCAAUAAGACUAACAUUUACCAUGAUGAUUCGAUAUUAGCUCAAAAAUACGGGAAACUUGGUAAAGUGUUGGGUUCCGGUGCGGGUGGUUCUGUCAAAGUUCUUGUUAGACCUUCUGAUGGUGCCAUGUUCGCUGUGAAACAGUUCCGUUCAAGGAAGCCCAAUGAACCUAUUAGGGACUACGCAAGAAAAUGUACCUCAGAAUUCUGUGUUGGUUCCAUGUUACAUCACCCUAAUAUCAUUGAAACUUUGGAUAUUUUCUCUGAUGCAAAACAAACUCAAUACUACCAAGUCAUGGAGUAUUGUCCCGUAGACUUCUUCGCCGUGGUCAUGUCUGGAGAAAUGUCACGUGGUGAGAUCAAUUGUUGUUUUAAACAACUGGUGGAAGCUGUCAACUAUUUACAUUCGAAAGGUUAUGCUCAUAGAGAUUUGAAAUUGGAUAACUGCGUUAUGACCAAGGAAGGUAUUUUAAAAUUGAUAGAUUUUGGUUCAGCUUUCGUUUAUAAAUAUACCUACGAAAAUGACACAAAGUUGGCCCAUGGAAUUGUUGGUAGUGAUCCAUAUUUAGCACCAGAAGUCUUGGUCCAUUCGAACGGAUACGAUGCUCCAAUGGUAGAUAUAUGGUCCAUGGGUAUCAUCUUCUGCUGCAUGAUGUUGAAGAGAUUCCCUUGGAAAGUUCCAAAGGAUUCCGACGUUAAUUUCAGCUUAUACUGCAUGCCAGAUGACGUGGAACACGAUUAUGUGAAAUCUGCUCAAGAACAUGAAGCUUUGAUGAAGACCAAGAGAGAAGAACGUCAAAAGGUCAAGCAAAUGAAAGAUUCCAAACCACGUGAAAUUACUGAAGAGGCUCCUCAACAUAGGGAACAUGAGGAACAUGGGUCUUCUAGUACCCAAGUAAAUCAAAUCACUUCUACACCGGAGCAGAAGACUGAAGUUGUCGAAAAGAAAGCAUCACAGGUCACUCAUGAAGAACCAAUUAACCCCAAAGCAGAUCCAACAUCUUCUGAAUAUCAAGUACCUCAAAGGAAACAAAAGAAAGUUAUACAUGGUCCCUACAGAUUAUUGAGACUACUCCCACAUGCAUCAAGACCCAUCAUGUCUAAGAUUUUAGAGGUGAAUCCUGCUCAAAGAGCUACGAUGAAAGAUAUAUAUGCAGAUGGCUGGUUCGCAAAUAUUCCAUACUGUACUCUUGAUGACAAAAAGAAUGUCAUACGAGGUGCUGGUCAUUCGCAUACUAUAGUAACAGAAGAAAAUGCUCAUUUGGAGAAGUAUAAAGUAUAG